AUGGCGUGUAAGAGAGCUCGGUCGUGGAGGCCGGUCCCCAGCAUCUCUCCAGCGGUCCCCACUGUCGUGGCUCCGGGACGGGCUUCUCCCCAUUCAGGUACUUCUGAAAUCGCCGCCUCUCCCGGGCUCUCUUCCUCCGGCUCACCCUCUCCUGCCCCAGGUGCCAGAGAGACCUUUCCCCCAAACGCGAAACUGAUCCUUCCAGACGCCUCCGGUUCGCCCAACUGCACUUCAAGCGUCGGUCGUUGUCACGUGACACGGCCUCAGCGCCCAGGCCACGCCCCUGAAGCCCGCCACGCCCACCGGGUCCGCCCCCACGCGCCCGCCUGCCCAGGGGGUUCCCGCCACCCGCCCUUCCCCGGGUUUCCCCACCUUACGGCCACGUCUCCGUCAGCCCUGGCUGCUGGGUCACCCCCACGACCUGGGACUCCCCCGCCGUUCCCACCUGGGCCGCCUGCAGUGAGGUCCGCUCCUGAGGCCUCAGCCUCCCGGGGGCUGGGCCCACUCCCGCCGUCGCCUCAGCUCCUUCCAGUCCCGGGGCCUGGGGGGCACCGUCCCAAGGGUGAGGGCAGCCUCCUGCGCCCGGCCCAGCCACGUGAACGCCUGGAGCCCGCGAGCUGCAGCUGCGGCCCUGAAGGUGCAGCACAUCCUGCCGAGUGGGUGAAGCGUGGCACUUUGGAAAACAAAGCGGGUUAGUGCUCAGCUGCCUCCGAGCUGACUGUUGGAGAUGUCAUAUUAUGAACGGAGAGCCCGCGAGCUGGAAAAAAACAGCGCCAGUCCUGCCCGCGCCUCGUGGGACUCAGUAAUUCCCGGCUCCGCAGCGCGCAAGCCUGUUCCCCGCAGCUCCAUCCCCUCUGCCCAGCGAAAGUGGUCUCUGGGGCCGGGCGUGUUGGCUCACGCUUGUAAUCCAGCACUUUGGGAGGCCAA